AGUUCGUCUCAUAGUUUCUCGGCAACCAACUUUUGCUCUGCCUUAGCAACGUCAUUUCUGUAGAAAAAAAUGACCUCUUGUUCAUCCUCGGCCUCCUCAUUUUGCACACUCUCCUUUCCAUUUCUCUUGUUUUCUUCUUAUUCUUUGUAGCCUCCCUCCCUCCCUCUCUCUCUCUUUCUCCUUCUCCUGUGUCUUACACAAUUAAUGGCGUCUUUAAAUUUGAAGAUGAAGAAAAGGGAGAAUUAUGGCACCGAACCUGACAAGAAAAAACUGGCUAUGGCCGGAAUCCGACACCAGUUACUGCUACUCCUUCGCCGCCGUCACCGUUUAUUCCCUCUGGUCUCUGCCUUCUCCGGCUGUCUCCUCCUCCUCCUCCUCUUCUCCUUUUCCUUCCCUCCUGUGAUCCAUCGCUCACCACCAGGCAGGAAGAAUCAAAUUGCCGUGGAACCCAAGCUUCUCGUACCCGAAAAUGGAGGAAGAUCGGAUCGGCACUUAUGGAGCUCGAAAUUGUCCAACUCCUACUAUGGCUGCAGCAAUGCCAGUGACACCUUUCAAGUUUUGGAUAAGACGAGUCAAACAGAUCGAUAUCUACUGAUCGCUACGAGCGGAGGGUUAAACCAACAGCGAACAGGGAUAAUAGACGCUGUGGUUGCGGCUUACAUCCUAAAUGCCACUCUUGUGAUCCCUAAACUGGACCAAAAUUCAUACUGGAAGGACACCAGCAACUUCGAAGAAAUAUUUGACGUUGAUUGGUUCAUUACGCAUCUCUCCAAAGAUGUCAAGAUCAUCAAGGAGCUUCCUAAAGGAGAAGAGUCAAGACUCAUUGGCCUACAGUCCAUUCGUGUUCCCAGGAAGUGCACACCCUCUUGCUACCUGCAGCGUGUUUUGCCCCUUCUUAAGAAGAAGCAUGUUGUACAACUCUCUAAAUUCGAUUACAGGCUGGCCAACCAGCUGGAUUCAGAGCUACAGAAGCUGAGGUGUAGAGUGAACUACCAUGCGGUGAGAUAUACGGAGACUAUCAACAAGAUGGGCCAAACUCUGGUUGACCGGAUGAGAACCAAAUCCAAACACUUUGUUGCCCUUCAUCUCAGGUUCGAACCUGAUAUGCUGGCCUUCUCCGGAUGCUAUUAUGGGGGAGGUCAGAAAGAGAGACUUGAACUCGGAGCUAUGAGAAGAAGGUGGAAAACUUUACACGCGGCAAACCCUGACAAGGUACGGGAGCACGGGAGAUGUCCCCUGACUCCAGAGGAGAUCGGUCUGAUGCUCAGGGGCUUAGGCUUUGGCAGAGAAGUUCACUUGUACGUUGCAUCAGGCGAGGUAUACGGAGGGGAUGCUACACUAGCACCAUUAAGAGCUCUGUUUCCAAAUAUCCAUACAAAAGAGACAUUGACUUCUAAGAAAGAGCUAGCUCCGUUUGCACGCUUCUCAUCACGCAUGGCUGCUCUUGACUUCAUCGUGUGUGAUGAGAGCGACGCAUUUGUCACCAACAACAACGGCAACAUGGCUAGAAUCUUAGCCGGAAGAAGAAGAUACAUGGGACAUAAAGUAACCAUCCGUCCAAACGCCAAGAAACUCCAUAAAAUCUUCACAAACAGACACAACAUGACAUGGGAUGAAUUCUCAACCAAGGUCCGGAAAUACCAAACAGGGUUCAUGGGGGAGCCAGAUGAAAUGAAAGCAGGAGAAGGAGAGUUCCAUGAGAACCCGACCUCCUGCAUUUGUCAAAAGAAGAAGAAGAAGGACAAUGAAAAACUAAAAGAGGACGAGCAAGACUCAUGGCCAUGGGAGUACUCAGACAUUGGCAAUGUCCCCAUGGCCACUAGAAGCGAGUUUGAAUCAUCAACCAGAAGUUGACCAUGAUGAGAUCUUCUGACUAAUCUUUUCUCCCUUUCUUUUUUUCUUUUGUGCUCUUUAUGCAAAGAAACAAACAUUCUUUUCCAAAACACAAAAUGUAAUGUCA